UAACACUGUUGCAUUGUGGGGCCGAUGAUUGACGCGUCGGCCAUUUUCCCGCUGGACGCUGCUUCCCAUUGUGGAUACGAAGAAGAAAAUAGAAAGAAGCGAAACAUUUCUCACGACUCUCGCUCACUGUCUGUCACAGGUGAUCUUCAGUAGUCAUGGCCCGUACCAAGCAGACCGCCCGUAAGUCCACUGGAGGCAAAGCCCCACGUAAGCAGCUGGCCACAAAGGCUGCUCGUAAGAGCGCCCCCUCCACUGGUGGUGUGAAGAAGCCCCAUCGUUACAGGCCCGGUACUGUGGCUCUGCGUGAGAUCCGUCGUUAUCAGAAAUCCACUGAGCUGCUGAUCCGCAAGCUGCCCUUCCAGCGCCUGGUGAGAGAAAUCGCUCAGGACUUCAAGACUGAUCUGCGUUUCCAAAGUGCAGCCAUCGGAGCUCUGCAGGAGGCCAGUGAGGCCUACCUGGUGGGUCUGUUUGAGGACACCAACCUGUGCGCCAUCCACGCCAAGCGUGUCACCAUCAUGCCCAAAGACAUCCAGCUGGCACGUCGUAUCCGUGGAGAACGUGCUUAAACGCAGCUUCUCUUUGUCUUUAAUCUUUUCACCUUCUCCUGUCCUUCCUUCACCCCCCUGUUCCUCCACCCCUCACCUGACCUCGCCCCCUCUCUCCCUGUGUUAGUAGUGUGUAGAGGAAAACUGAUUAUAUUAUGGAUAAAUAAAGUGUAUAGUCGUGUUUUUCUUAGUGCUCUCGGCAGCAGACUUCUAGGGUACUGUCUUUUUGUGCAUGUACCAACUCUUUGGUGAUGAGGUCUCCUCAAGCACACGUCUCCUUGUUUGCAUUGUUUCUAAUCUGACUGUUGGGUGAAGGUUGAUUUGAGGAAAAGAAUGAGGUAGAGAAAGAUAGACUAGAACAUUGCAAACAGGGACAGACAGGAGAAGUGGAGCGGUAUUGUCUGCUGGGGGACUCUGGUCUCUUUUCCGCAGCAGGGUGCUAGAAGAACUUACCUGGUCCUCUUCUCCUGCCUCCCAUCCUCUGCCAGCCUCCACAUGUAGAAAUAAAAGUGUCUGUCUCUGCUCAUGAAGGCAGAGGAUGGACUUUCUGUCUCUGCAUGUGUCCAUGAGUGCCAGCUUUGAUCACCACAGCAAAUUGUAUACAAUCCAUAAAAUCCAUUGAUUUAUGAUUACCAUAUUAAUCACUGCUGUCAUUUGUCAUGUGAUGUCUUUUUUUUCUUCCAAAUAAGUUUCAUGCACAGGAUUUUUUUUCUUUAAUACUGUGGAUGACAUGGAGAUGGGGGGAUGAAUCAGACAUUUAUAGAAAUAUUUUUUUCUACUGAAAUGUGAUGCUACUGACUCGUUUUGGCACCAAACUUUGAUCCUAUGUAGAUGCUCUUUUCCUAACUGACAAGCGUUAUUCUCACCUGUUUUUGUGGUGUUCAAAUUGGUUUAAUCUAAUUAUUUAAAGCCAAAGCUUUAGAGCUCAAUGAUGGUGUCAGAAACAUUUUUAGUAGUGGCUCAUUUUUUAACAUAGGACCUUUUUAUGGUAAAGGUUCAUCAAGGUUUGUAAUGGUCUCUAAAACCAAAAGUUCUCAAAGUGAAAAUUAUUUUUUAAAAGGACAAAAUAACUGAUUCAAAUGUAUUGUAAAUCAGUGUUACAUGAAAACUAAUAAUUGUCUGUACAAGUCCCCCCUGUGCUUCAGUUUCUUUCCUCCGGAUCAUUUGAUCAUCUGUAUACCGUUUCUCAGGUUGACUGGUCACCCUUUUAACUUAAUUUUUAGUUUUUGCUCAAUUUGAUUUUCUUCUUUUUUUUGAAACGUUGAGGAUAAUGUUUCAAUUAAACAAUGUUUGUAAUUUCCAGAUUUGUCAUAUAAGGUGGUAAUAAAUGGAUGUUACACACAC